AUGAUAAGAUCAUUAUUGAGGUGUAACGUUGGGAGAUGCUCGUCUAUUCGUCAGAGCUCUUCUUCCACGUCAGCUCUAGCAUAUAAGCAGCUACACAGAAACAAAACCAACCCUCCUUUACCUACUUUAGAAACACCUUCGUGGAGUGCAAACUCUGCAGUGUCUUCAAUUCUGUAUGAGACGCCUGUUCCUUCUCGUGUACCAAAGAAACAACAUGUUUUGAACUGUUUAGUCCAAAACGAGCCUGGUGUUCUAUCUAGAAUUAGUGGUACACUUGCUGCGAGAGGGUUCAAUAUUGAUUCCCUUGUCGUUUGUAACACGGAAGUCAAAGAUUUGAGUAGAAUGACUAUCGUUUUAAAAGGGCAAGACGCUGUCAUCGAGCAAGCAAGAAGACAAAUUGAGGAUUUGGUACCAGUGUACGCUGUUCUAGACUACUCUAACUCUGAUAUCAUCAAGAGAGAAUUGGUCCUUGCUCGUGUUUCUCUACUCGGUGCAGAAUAUUUCGAAGACCUGAUUCACCAGCAUGAGCAAUCAUCUUCUGGAGUUGGAGCUACCGCAGAAGCUGUUGAUUUGAUCAGAAACAAGCAAUUUCACCCAUCAAACUUGCCUUUGAGUGAAGUUCUGAGGUUGAAACAUGAGCAUUUGAACGAUAUCACAAGUCUAGCCAAAAACUUUGGUGGAAGAGUGGUUGACAUCAGUGAAGAAAACUGCAUUGUUGAAUUGAGUGCUAAGCCAUCACGUAUUACUGCAUUUUUGAAGUUAAUCGAGCCUUUUGGUGUUUUGGAAAUUGCCAGAAGUGGUAUGAUGGCCCUCCCAAGAACUCCACUGCAGUUUGAAAACGACCAAGAAUUAGAAUCCGAGGUUAAUGAAAUCGUGGAUGUGUCCCAAUUGCCACCAGGUUAA